AUGACCGAACUGGAACGGUUUCCUGCCGGGCAAAGCAACGCAUGCAGCAUUGAAUUAAGGUUUUGCCAUCGUAGAACAGAAAGAUUCUGUUCCUGUCAGGUCCGUGCAUCCUUGGUGUGGCGCGAACUCAACCGUGGAAGGGUUGGUCAGGAGGUGGAAGGCUGGCCUUGUUCCAAUGCAGCAAAGAGACACAGUGGGCACCCCAAGGUUAGCAACCGUGAGCUGCAAAAGGUGCAUGCAGAAAUCGUUUCUGAGGACAUCACGCCGUUCUCCAAACCCGACCUUGUGGCAAGGGUCUGUGGCCUUCUCCGUGCUGCCCUUGUUCGAGAGGAUGCCAUGUUUGCUGAUGAGGCUCUUGGUGUGCUGGGACGCUUGCAACAUCAUCGCGGAUUGACGCUAUCAGAGGACGAGAUCCACAGUUUCGCGCAGCCUUUGCUGCGCCGGGCAUUGCGCUGGGAAUGUCCAAAUGAUGAUGAAGCUUCGGAGGAGUUGACAUGCUUUCGAAGGACAUGUCUCAACCAAGAGAUCUGCAGUGAAUCUCCCUUGUCAGUUCUGGCAACAGAGCUGAUCCCGAAGUGGUUGGAGGAAGAAGGUGGUGCAGCUAGAGCAGAUCGGUUGAAGCUGGCGGCUGAGAGCUGGGAGACCCUUGGAGUGGAGGACGUCGAAGCUUCAAUUCUGUACAUGUCGGUUUGCCUGGAGCUCGGUGACCAUAUUGGCAUCCGGAGAUCGCUGGAGAUGCUGCAAGACUCACAGAUUGACUUGAACCUGGCCCUGCAGCCCCUGUUUCUCGCAGACUUGAAGGCUCUCGGUCUGAUCUCAGAAAAAGCUCUGAACUCCAGACUCAGCUGCUGGUCUCAGCGAGUUCAACGGGCUGCUGAGUUGGCUUGCCAAGGGGAGGCUGGUGGGGUCUUUUUCAGAAGGCAUGGGGCCUUGCUUUUGAUCGAUGAUGAAGUUAUUGCAUUGGGCUUCAACCACUGCACACUUCCUUUGGGUCCAAGAGGGCCUGAUCCGCAGUUGGGUGGCAAACUACGUACCUUCGAAAGGUCAGAGGAGGCGAGAGCAGCAGGGCUCUCAUUGAAGCGCAGUAGGCCACGUCCAGCACAACGUCACGCAGAGGUUCACUGCUUGCUCCAAGUGCCGGUUUUGGAGGCACUUUCUGAGGCUGAGAUUCUAGUGGUGGAGCUUGCCGACGUGGGGCCGGGAUUCAGCUGGGCUGAGCCAUGCUCCCGUGGUUGCAUGCAGCUGUUGAUGAAGUAUGGAGUGCGGCAGGGUUCCUGGACCGAUGGCCGUGGUGGCCUGGUGACGCGACCCUUUCGACAUGAACCUGAGUUGGAUGUUCCUGCCUGUACCUUUGAAGGAACCUCCAGGCUUUCCUGUGAUGCAAUCUCAGAAAGAGCAUGCUUGGACAUUGCUGAAAAGCUGCGGCAAGAGAAGGAAGGUCUACCCGCUUGGGGGAUGGAAGAGCUUGCAGAGGAGGGUGUGGAAGCAGUUGCCGAAGCCAGAAGGCGGCGGCCUUUGUCUCUUCGUGGGCAAGUCUUCCCACUGCCACCUCGAAAGAGAAGCACCAAGUAUGCAGAUGCGCUGCGGAUGGAAAAGUCCUGA